UUCCGGGCUCUUGGGUAUUUUAAGGCGGGAGCCACUAAGGUCGCCUGACUCCCAUCGCGUGGUGUUCCAGUACUUGCUUUCUCUGCCAUCUGCUCCCUGGCGCCGUCAGCAUGGGUCCCUGGACCCACUCCUUGAGCGCUGCCCUGCUGCUGAUGCUUUUGGGAGUCUGCACCGUGCGCUCCGACACUCCUGCCAACUGCACCUACCCUGAUCUGCUGGGAACCUGGGUGUUCCAGGUGGGCCCUAGGCAUUCCCGAAGCGACAUUAACUGCUCGGUGAUGGACAGGACAGAAGAAAAGGUAGUGGUACACCUUAAGAAGUUGGAUACUGCCUACGAUGAGCUGGGCAAUUCUGGGCAUUUUACCCUCAUUUACAACCAAGGCUUCGAGAUUGUGUUGAAUGACUACAAAUGGUUUGCGUUUUUCAAGGAUGUCACUGAUUUUAUCAGUCAGUUGUUCAUGCAGCUGGGAACUGUGGGAAUGUAUGAUUUGCCACAUCUGAAGAACAAACUGGUUUUUAAAUAGAUCGUCUGUUGAGAGGCUCUUUUAAAACCACAGCCAAGAACAGACUUUGGCUUAGGAGACAAACAGUUGGAUCUACCUCUAGCAGCUAGCAGAGGCCAUGGCAGCUACAAUCCCUUCUGGAAUUUAUUUGCAUGUAAAAUGCAGAGGAGUCCUGGUGACCUACCUUCAAGGCAACUGAAGGAUUUCUUGGAAAACAGUAAUCACCUCUGUGGAAUGUGAACCACCAGAAACUGCACAGAAUAAAGGAAAAACAUUGUGGAAGUGAUGAAGCCUCAGGGGGGCUUCAGCAUUUAGUGUUUUCAUAAGGGGACAAUUCAUAACACACUGUAUUUUUUUUCUUUUCUUUUCUUUUUUUUUUUUUUUUGGUUGUUUUUUCUUUUCCUAUUUGAAUACUGUUGUGCUGAAGUAGUUUCUCCAAACUGGACAGAAUUUGGAUUUUUGAUUGUGUGACCUAUUUUUUUUUUUUUUGUCACAUUGAAAAUUUUACUCACAGUUAAUUUGUCUCUUCCUGUGUGCCUUCACUUUUUAAAAUUCCUUUGCGAUACUCCCAAAGGUAGAGAUGGCAUGAGCUGGAGUCAUAUUAAUUACUAAAAGGAAGAUGGUCCUGUGGAUGCCACAUAGAAGGAAGAUGCUUUCUUAGCCAUCUAAAAGAUGUUAUCUUGCAGACAAUGAAUCUACAGUGUUCCCAGACAAAAAACCAGUCUGGUUAAUGCUUUUUGUUUUCUAUUCUUUUUUUCUCUUUUCUGUUCUCUUUUCCUCUUCUGUUUCUUCAUUUUGGUUUUUAAAUUAGGUGCUAGCUCUUUGCUAAAGAUUUGAAAUAUUAUGAAUCUGAAAACCCUAUAAAGCUGGUGAAACUAGUCACAUUUUACAGUUAGCUAUAUGGUUAGUCUCCGAUAAUGCUGAAGCUCCUAAAGUUUCUGACUAUAAAAUGAUCAUCCUAACCUUUCAAACCUAAGGACUUCAUUGGGGCUAAAACGUAAAAGAAAAGUCAGAUCAACGAAGUAAAUGGUUUCUAGAACACAUUUGGGUAGUUUUUCUGGUACAUUCCAGCACAGAGGCAUCAUGAAUAUUAGUUCAGUGGGGUGGUAGAAUGUAUAUUGCAUUGACUGUUACUGAAGUCUUAGGAAAGGACCUUUCCAAUUUAUGUUUUGUUACUGCUGAGUCCACUCACAUUCUUGUUUUUAGCCAGAGUUCUUGCAUUCAGCCGAUAACAUUAACUUGGCUAUCCCCUUAGCAGUCUCACGCACUGGGAAUCAAGCAUUAAAACUUCAUUAAAACUAUCAACCCCAAAGAAAUCCCAUGUGAAAGGAUUUUGUUUAAUUCCACUAUUGUUCAGCCUGAUUGCUAUCUUCUAGCUUUUUCCUGAUAAGCAGCAGAGUCAUUUCCUUCUCACUUGGUGUCCAGCUGACUUGGGAGACAUAAAAGGCAUGUGGACCUAGUCCACGUCAUCCACUUUGUGUACCUAGUCCACGUCAUCCACUUUGCUUUUCUUCUGUGGUUCAGUUAGCUCAGAAGAUUGUGUAUCUGAGAUAUAAUCACUGCUUUAUGCCUUGUCAGAUUUACUUUUUUGGUGAUCUUCUUUUCUUUUUCUAUCCUGCCUCUGGUCCUGAUAGUCUUCAACAUCUAGGAUGCAUUUGUCACUUUACUGGUGAGAGAGAGUCCAUUAAUAAUUCCCCUUGUCCUCUCUAGGUACACCUAGUUUGUACUUGUAACGGUCUGGUGUCUUUAUCUUCUGGGAUAGACAUCUGCUUUUCUCUCCUUAUCUUUAAUACCUAAUGCAGAUAGUACUUCAUGGGUCUUGGAGAGUAAAGCACACUUCUCUUUCUGCAAACUUUUUACAAGUAAUACUAACCUACAAAGUUUCAGCUACUUUUCUCAUCUUGUUAUAAAACACCAUGAGUCAGGAGAUUUAUCAAAGAAAGCAUGUGAUUUGUCUUACAGUUUCAGAGGGUUAAAGUUCAUAAUGGAGGAGUGAAAGGAUGGCUUAGAGUCCAUAUCUUCAUCUACAACCACUAGGCAGAGAGAGCUAACUGGGAAUCAUGUAGCUUCUGAAACCUCAAAGCUUACUUCUAAGGACACACCACUUCCAAAGCCUCCUCCAAUAAGGACAGACGUCCUAAUCCUUCCCUAACAGUCCCACCAAGUGGAGGUAUUUAAUUUUAUGCACCUACUGGGGAGGGGGAGCACUCUCAUUCAAACCAAUAUACAAUGCAUCAAUUUUCUUGGGCUCUAGAAACACUGGCCAGGGAUGGUGGUAUAUCCCCUUUGGUCUCUGUUCUAAGAAAUAUUAUCAAAAGUUUCUUGCCUGCAGAGCCCUUAAAGAGUUAUAUAUUUUAAAGCUGCUUUUCAAGGUCUAAAAAUGCUGUUGG